GAGAGGAGUCGCGAGCAGCUGGAGCGGAGUUGGAGGAAGCAGCGGCCGCGGCGAGGGCGGCGGGCGAGCGGCUCGGAGACGGCGAGCUCCCUGCGGGAACAGCCGGCGGGUGGGAGCUGGCUCAGAGGCGCGUCGGAGCGGUGCGCGCGGGAGGCCGCCGCUGCAGCCCGGGCCCCGCGGAGGAAGGAAGCCGGCCGGCGGGGGAGGUGCAGCUCGCCAGUGGAGUGCAACAGCAAAAUCAGGCGACAGAUGGACAGUGUGACAGGAGUGUCGGAGAGGAUUGGGCCUCGCUGUGAGAGUCAGCCUGGAGUCAAAGUGUUGGCAAGUUGCUGAAGAGGAAGCUAGUGGGAGGACUGUGGCCCACAGAGGAAGUGGAGCCCUGACUUCAGUCACAAUUGAUGGAGGACAGAUGGACAGCAGGAUGGCCAAUCACCUCUCCUCUUAAACCUUUGGAGAGUUGUCCUUUGUCCUCUGCUGGACACAUAUUGGGAAUCUUAACACACUCUCUGACUUCACUUUCCAUAGAAACGUAGAAUUAGGCUGCAGUGUGUGACCAGACUCGUCUGUUGCAUGGUCACAGGUUUGCAGACAUGAGUGCAGAGGGGUACCAGUACAGAGCGCUCUAUGAUUAUAAAAAGGAACGAGAAGAAGAUAUUGACUUGCACUUGGGUGACAUAUUGACUGUGAAUAAAGGGUCCUUGGUAGCUCUUGGAUUCUGUGACGGACAGGAAGCCAGGCCUGAAGAGAUUGGCUGGUUAAACGGCUAUAAUGAAACGACGGGGGAGAGGGGGGACUUUCCGGGAACUUACGUAGAAUAUAUUGGAAGGAAAAAAAUCUCGCCCCCGACACCAAAGCCCCGGCCACCUCGACCCCUUCCCGUCGCACCAGGUUCUUCAAAAACUGAAGCAGACAGUGAGCAACAAGCUUUGACGCUUCCGGACCUUGCAGAGCAGUUUGCCCCUCCUGACAUCGCUCCGCCUCUUCUUAUCAAGCUAGUGGAAGCCAUUGAAAAGAAAGGUCUGGAAUGUCCAACUCUCUACAGAACACAGAGCUCCAGCAACCUAGCAGAAUUACGACAGCUUCUUGAUUGUGAUGCUGCCUCCCUGGACUUGGAAAUGAUUGAUGUGCAAGUUUUAGCAGAUGCUUUCAAACGCUAUCUCCUCGACUUACCAAAUCCCGUCAUUCCAGUAGCCGUUUACAGUGAAAUGAUUUCUUUAGCCCCAGAAGUACAAAGCUCCGAGGAAUAUAUCCAGCUGUUGAAGAAGCUCAUUAGGUCGCCUAACAUACCUCAUCAGUAUUGGCUUACACUUCAGUAUUUGCUAAAACAUUUCUUCAAACUCACUCAAACCUCCAGCAAAAAUCUUUUGAAUGCAAGAGUCCUCUCUGAACUUUUCAGCCCUCUGCUUUUCAGAUUCCCAGCAGCCAGCUCUGAGAAUUCUGAACACCUCAUAAAAGUUACAGAAAUUUUAAUCUCCACCGAAUGGAAUGAACGACAGCCUGCACCAGCACUGCCUCCCAAACCACCAAAACCCACUACUGUAGCCAACAACGGUAUGAAUAACAAUAUGUCCUUACAAGAUGCUGAAUGGUACUGGGGAGAUAUCUCGAGGGAAGAAGUGAAUGAAAAACUCCGAGAUACAGCCGAUGGGACCUUUUUGGUACGAGAUGCAUCUACUAAAAUGCAUGGCGAUUACACUCUGACACUAAGGAAAGGAGGAAAUAACAAAUUAAUCAAAAUAUUUCACCGAGAUGGGAAAUAUGGUUUCUCUGACCCAUUAACCUUCAACUCUGUGGUUGAACUAAUAAACCACUACCGGAAUGAAUCUCUAGCUCAGUAUAACCCCAAGCUGGAUGUGAAAUUACUUUAUCCAGUAUCCAAAUACCAACAGGAUCAGGUUGUCAAAGAAGAUAAUAUUGAAGCUGUAGGGAAAAAAUUACAUGAAUAUAACACUCAAUUUCAAGAAAAAAGUCGAGAAUAUGAUAGAUUAUAUGAAGAUUAUACUCGCACUUCCCAGGAAAUCCAAAUGAAAAGAACAGCUAUUGAAGCAUUUAAUGAAACUAUAAAAAUAUUCGAAGAACAGUGCCAAACCCAGGAGCGGUACAGCAAAGAAUACAUAGAAAAGUUUAAACGCGAAGGCAACGAGAAAGAAAUACAAAGAAUUAUGCAUAAUUAUGAAAAGUUAAAGUCUCGAAUCAGUGAGAUUGUUGACAGCAGAAGACGACUGGAGGAGGACUUGAAGAAGCAGGCAGCCGAGUAUCGCGAGAUUGACAAACGCAUGAACAGCAUUAAGCCAGACCUCAUUCAGCUGAGAAAGACAAGAGACCAGUACUUGAUGUGGUUGACUCAAAAAGGUGUUCGGCAAAAGAAGUUGAACGAGUGGUUGGGCAAUGAAAACACUGAAGACCAAUAUUCGCUGGUGGAAGAUGAUGAGGAUUUGCCCCACCAUGAUGAGAAGACGUGGAAUGUCGGCAGCAGCAACCGCAACAAAGCUGAAAACCUCUUGCGAGGGAAGCGAGAUGGCACUUUUCUUGUCCGGGAAAGCAGUAAACAGGGCUGCUACGCCUGCUCCGUGGUGGUGGACGGCGAGGUGAAGCAUUGUGUCAUAAACAAAACAGCAACUGGCUACGGCUUCGCGGAGCCCUACAACUUGUACAGCUCUCUGAAAGAACUGGUGCUACAUUACCAACACACGUCCCUCGUGCAGCACAACGACUCCCUCAACGUCACACUAGCCUACCCGGUAUAUGCACAGCAGAGGCGAUGAAGUGCUUGCCCUCUGAUCCUUCUCCUGAAGUUCAACCACCCUGAGGCCUCUGGAAAGCACAGGGCUCCUCUCCAGCCUGCCCUGUGAAUUGAGCCGUGGAAGCCAAGCCGUCCGUCUUCAGAUGGGACUCAGAGCUUUCGACAAAAAAGUAGUAGGGGAAGUCGUGCAGCCUAGCGCUGUGCGAUGACCGUACGAUUCUAACCUGGAGUACUUAUCCUUCCUUUCUUUCCUUUUGUUUUUGGUUUCACUUAAAGCCACCACAACACACGACACAAAGAGAAAAAGAAAAGCAAAAAUCUCUGCGUGCAAGGACAAAGAGGCCUUUAACCAUGGUGCUUGUUAAUGCUUUCUGAAGCUUUACCAGCUCAAAGUUGGGACCUUGUAGACCGGAGGGUGGCCAGGGCUGGAGAGCCCUGGCCUGAGGACGCUCGGUCCAGCCUGGUUUAGCCUGGGUGUUGCUGUGCACGGUGGACCCAGACACGUCGCACUGUGGAUUAUAUUUUCUAACAAAUGAAAGAUAUGUAGCAGAAAGGCACUUCCGCUCAUAAGGGACACUUUGGGAGAACGUCAGCUCGCAUACGUUCAGAGGAAAUUCUGUUGUAGCAGAGUGCCAGAAAGUGUUCUGUUUGAACUUUUCAGAAAAAAAAAACCACCCACCACCAGAAAAAUGGAGCUUGGAAAACAGGACUUAAAAUGACAUUCAGUAUAUAAAAUAUGUACAUAAUAUUUGAUGACUAACUAUCAAAUAGAUGGAUUUGUAUCAAUACCAAAUAGCUUCUGUUUUGUUUUGCUGAAGGCUAAAUUCACAGCGCUAUGCAAUUCUUAAUUUCCAUUAAGUUGUUAUCUCAGUUUUAAAUGUACUUUCAGAAUAAGCUUCCCUCACCCCAAUUUUUGUUGCUUGAAAAUAUUGUUGUCCUUGUUGUUUGUGUUAAAAUUCAUUUGUUAUUCUUUUCCUUUUUUAAAAAAAAAAGAAAUGUACAGGAUGCCAGUAAAAAAAAAAAAAAUGGCUUCAGAAUUAAAACUAUGAAAUAUUUUACAGUUUUUCUUGUACAGAGCACUUGGCUGUUAGCCCAAGGUUAAAAAGUUCAUAACAGAUUUUUUGGACUAAAUGUUGUGUUGGGCAGUGCCUGAUAAGCUUCAAAGCUGCUUUAUUCAAUAAAAAAAGAGAGAAAGGUAUAUGAAUAUGAUGAAAUAUCGCUGAGUUCAACAAUAUUAUUUCAAAACUCUUAACAUACGGUACCUGGCAAUGUUUGUUUCGUCAAGAAUUGUGAACUUCUUGAAUCUCGGGAGGGGGAAGGUAGGCGAGAGAUGUACAGGUGGGUGGAGGGAGGGGCAGCGCGGUGGAUGCACUUUCUCUUUCUCAUGAUUAUAAAGAAGUGAAUAACUGCAGAGUGAAGUUGCUAUGCUCAGUCUUUUCCCACUUUGAUCUGCUAGUUAUUAUCAAUGAGUGACAAUUACGGACUUCCUGGAACUCUGACGCAGUGCAGCUGGCCAGAUAUUUCAGUUCUUAGGGAGGAGGUUAGGCUCCAGAACAGUGGUCACCUUUGUUGGGAACACUGAUUUCAAAGAAUAAUCUGUGCAUUUAGAAAAUGUCUCUUUCACGUUAGACUACCCAUUACAAACAUCAAGCGUUCAUUUUAGAAAAAGCAUGAUCUGAAAAAAAAUGUCAUCUGGAUAUUUGUCAUUUUCCUGCCUUUCCUUUCAAUUAAGAUCAUAAAGCAAAUAGACGUGAUCAUAACUGUUACUGCCCUGGGCUGUGAGGAGCUCGUUAACGUCAAGGCCAUUGCAGGAAUUGUAACAACAGUCCUUCUCGUUCACGUAAUUGUAUGUGCUAUACUUCACUGUGGUCAAAGGCAGGGGUGGUUAAUCUUUCCAGUUUAGGGCCAAAGGGAGAGGUCUCUCUCCCUGACUGACGUAAGCAAAAGCCUUUCAGUGCAGUGGAAACGUAUGUAUGUUGGGAGGAAUAAAGGACAAUGAAAAUCAUGGUCACUACUCCGGUAGAUUAAAAUGGAAUCCUGUAUAUUAAGUUCCUCCACAGCUUUAUUUCUCUUCCCUUCAACUAGUGGGGUGAGGGGUUUUUGUUUUGUUUUUUAAUGUUGUUCCUUUAAAAAUUCUUUGGAAAGAAUCCAUCUAGCAGCUGAGUUAACUGUAGAAUGUAUUUUUUUUUUCCUUUACAUGAAGCUACUCAUAUCAAGAGCAAUAGUCAGUCUUACAACCAGACUGUCGGCCCUCAAACUUGACUGUACUGAUCUGACCAUCUCCCUCUCAUCUCCAGACAAUUGAUGAUCUCCCUGGUUUUAGUCCGUGAGUGUCUGCUUUAAGAUUCUCCUCCCAUGUCACACAGAGGUCUAACAGUUAGUUAACAGUACUUUAUAAAUUAGAGGUGGUUCUUUUUUUUGGUAGCACAUCCAUGUAUGCUGUUAAGUAUAAUUUUCAUUUUAUUUCUAAAAUAUAAGAUCUGAGAUGGAAUGUUUCAUUAAAAGCUACAGUUUUGUUAAUGUUUUUGCUUCAACGCUCUCUGCAAGAUGCCAUGGCGUUUAGGCACUUGCCUCAUUUUUGCAUCUCACAGGCAUAAAUGCAAUAGACUUUUCUUUCAACAGCAAAGGCAGGAUUCAUCGUUCCGCAUCACAGCGAAUUACAGCUUACCCAUGAUUUUACACCUCUGCUGAAUGCCUUUUUGAUUGUGCGUAGCAUGCCCACAUUUGUCCUUCUAGAUGUUUGACCAGCAGGGCUCUUUGGAUUCAAUCAGACAAGUCAUCUCCUAACUGCAUUGAGUGGCUCACAAGUGUGAAUGGAUCCAGCAGAGGCACUCCUGAUACGUGCUUUUAUCCAUGCGCUGAUUCCCCCGCCACAAUGUAGCAUCCUGAACAUAAAAGCCAGAAGCUCAGCUGCAGAGAGGCUGUGAUAGGGCUGUAGAAGUGGGAGCACUGGGACCUGAUAAUACACACGAGAGAAAAAUCAUAACCACGUGAAAAGGCAAAAAGCAUGUGUUUGCAACAUUUGACAACUUCACAGCCCUUGAUAUAUGUAUAUAUGUAUAUGUGCAUGGACUGUGUUUCCAGGAUACCUUUCAGCCAAAACAGAUCCACAGUUGUUGAGUUCAAGUACAUAUCAUACAAAUGUCUAGUAGAAUUCUUGUAUAUGUUUAGGGGUUGUUUUUUUCUUUUGAAGUUGCUUUGUUUUGUCUUAUAAAGGUGAAAAUUGUUUGCAAGUGAAGUGAGAAGUUCAUAAUUCUUUGGCUUUUUUCUGUUUUUCAAAGUUACUCCUUUUGGGGAGCUGGUCUGGAUGACUCGCUUAACUUGGAAAUCUUUGUUUUCAGUGUGUCGAGUCAAAAUGUGUUUAUGUGAGCUGUCACUGUGGGGAACCAAUUGCUUUGUCCUAUAGCUAGUUACGUGUUUGGGAAGUCCUACUGAUGUUCCUUAUUGGGAGAAAAAUUCUGCUGGUUUUAACAACUGUGCUUUUGCUAUGCAUGGUAUCCAAGUCAGUUGGAAAGCAGACCCUAAAGUUUGAGUUCAGGGUCAUUUAAGAAAGGGGCAGUUUAAAACACAAUGCCUCACAUGGGACAAAGUUCCAAAAUGCCAAAUUCUUAUUUUUUAAAGAUCUAGUGAUAUAAAAUACUAGUCUUAUGAAUAGGGAGGGAACAGAAUUGGGUUCAUUGGAAACACUAUCCAACUUAACAUUAAACUUGUCACCAUGAGAUAGCAUUAGCUGCCCGGGAUGCUGCUAUUAAAAGAAAAAAGAAAAAAAAUCUCAUUUAUAUGUGUAUUUUUUAAAGCUAGGAUCUGUUCAAUGUUUUUACAAAUCUUGUUUCUAUGACAUUGUUAGAGUAAUGUUGGUCUUUUGACGAGAGGGAGGAUGUCACGGUCACUUGUAAUUUUGCCUUUACAAGGCAACGGGGGUGGGGGCGGGGGGAAGGUGGACCUCCUUGACAUUGUGUUCAAGCUAUAGAUUGAGCGGAGCUAUGUCUUGUUUUAAGUUGCUUCAAUGCAUUGUAUUAGGUCUUCAAACAGAAUAAAGGUUGUUUUGAAACUUAA